CCUUUACAAUUUUUUUAAUCUGUGGCAAAAAUUGUUGUGAGUCAGGCGAUUUAUCGGCGUUUUAUUUUGCUUUUUUCCUACAAUUCGGCUUCUUUAUUUCGUGUAGGAGUUAGUACAAAUAAUGUAAAAUGGCCAUAAAUUUAGAUAAACACAAGCAGGCGUUGAUCUCUGGGUGGAAGGACGUAUUAGACGAGAAAAGCGAUACCAACUGGGCCUUAUUUGGUUACGAUGGGCAAUCAAAUGACUUAAAGUUUAUCGACAAAGGAGAUGGCGGUUUAGACGAGUUGAUCGACGAGUUUAACAGUGGGAAGAUACAGUAUGCAUUCCUCAAAGUUGACCAACCAAAUGGAAGCAUAUCUAAGUUUGUGCUUAUCAACUGGCAAGGAGAAGGUGCGCCAACAGUUCGCAAAGGUACAUGCGCGAAUCACAUAAAGCAUGUCGCUAAUUUCUUCACGGGUUUCCACUUAACCAUGCAUGCGAGAACCGAAGACGAUUUGGAUGAAAAACUCAUUCAGGAUAAGUUGGCGAAAGCUGGGUCGGCGUUCAACUUCAAAUCCAGUCGACCUGAGGAGUUGCCGCCCAGUGGACCUAUUGGAACUGUGUAUCAGAAGGUCAAUCCAGUACAAGAAAUAAAUUCUAAAGAAAGGGACCAGUUCUGGCUGAAGGAGGAACAAGAAGAGAAGAAGCGAGUGGAAGCUGAGAAAAAGCGAAGAGACGAGGAGAAGAGGAAAGCAGAGGAACUGGCGAGGAGACGAGACGAGCUUGAAGCCGAGAGGAGAGCUAAAGCCGAACAAGAGAAGCCCGUAACCCCCGAGGCACCAGUGGCGUCAGGCGUGAGUGCGAGCGAGGCGCUGCGGCGGCAGCGCUCGGCGGAGGCGCGGCAGCUCAUCGGCGCCUCCACCGCCGCCGCGCGGGCGCUGUUCCAGCAGAACCUGGCGCAGGGACAGCUCAACGUCACCAGAUCAAACUCAAAUACCCCAGAAAAGCCAGUGCGCAGUUCGGUUAUAGCGCAACGCAUAAACACAUUCACACAAGCGCAAUCCCCCCAGCCGUCCCCCAUUAAAUCCCCCACCAAGUUGGAACCGAAAACGAUACCGAUACCAGAGACCGAAGACGAGGAACCGCCAAAAACCAGCCCUCUGAAAAACAUAGAUAAGAUCAAAAUGAGCCUAGAAAGUCCUUCUCAGAUACAGUAUGAACCAAUCAUAGACCCGGCAGAUUUAAGCCCGUCAACAGAAAAUGAAAGUCGUUCAUUCAGUGCAGUAAAUUACGCAGAAACUAAAGAGAAUGCCUACAGAGAUAUCGAACCGAAACAAAGCGAGCCUAUGAUUAAACAGAAUAUUCUAGAAAAUGAUAUGUUUGAUGCUUCUUACUCAAGUUCGAACGAAAAUGAUGAUGAUGACAGUGAUAAUAAGUUCAGUACGAUUAAAAGGUCUCCUUAUAGUAAGAAUAAUAUUGCCGAUGAAAAUGAACGGGAGUUGACGAGGCAGAAUACGGUUAUUGAAAAUGUUAAUUUUAAGAAGGAGACUAAUGGAACUACUCUAGAUGAUGUAUCACCGGAAGGCCUGGAUGACGAGGGCGCGAUAUACGAGGACCUGGACGAUGACCCCGGACUCACCGCAAGAGCGCUCUACGACUACCAAGCGGCCGACGAGUCAGAGAUUACAUUCGACCCCGGCGAUAUAAUCACUCACAUAGAACAGAUAGACGCGGGCUGGUGGCAGGGGCUCGGACCCCACGGGGUCUUCGGCCUGUUCCCAGCCAACUACGUAGAGUUACUGCCUUGUCAACCCCGUUAGGGGGUCUAAAAGGAAGGUAUUGUAAUGUGGUGUCUGCGAAAAUUAUUUUGGGUGGUCUACUGUAAUUCGGAAAAAUACGAUGCACUGUUUCUAUAAUAAGAUUAAGUGUUCUAUUAGGCUUGUGACAAAAUUAUUACUAUUUCCUCCUUCCUUCCUUUUCUUAACCAAGAACCAUAAAUUGGACGCGUAAAUGACCAGACUUCAUUAAAGCGGAAAAAGCAUUUCAUUAUUCAAUAUCUGGUCUUAAUUCUAUAUGUUGUUUUAAAACUUCUGCAGACCAAUACUCUUUAAAUAACCGAAAUAUCGAAACGAAACCGAAUGGUAAGACACUUGCAAUUUAUUCUUCGAUGAAUUACAGUAGAUCCUAUGCCAGAGUGAUUUUUCAAGGUUAUUAUAUUGUGUAAAUCAUAACUCGAUGGAAUAAAGUGUUCACAUAAAGCCAACUUAUACAUACAAGUCGAUAAUUAAUUUGAUUGAAGUUAAUCUGUACUUACAAUCAUGCUUUAUUCCUUAUUGUAGUUGAGUUAUGGUUUACAACAAAAUAACCAGUUAUUUCAUACAUUUAAUUAUUUUAAGAAAAAACGUUCGCAGAUAUUGAAAUUGUAUGUAAAACUAAAAUGUAUGUUAUCAUCAACUCAUAUUGACAUCCUGAUCAAGUUACUAUCGUAUAAAAUGGAUGACUUUAUAAGUUGAUGGUCAAGUUUAUGUAAUGUAUGUAUAUGUGGAAAUUAAAUAUGUGUGGGUAGUUUAAUUAAUGAUUCACAACCAAGAAUAUAUUAAAAACUUCAUAUUAGGCUUUAUUUUCACAAAAAGUUUCACAAAUAAAUCUUUUGACUUUAUCGAUUGUACUAUGCAUUUUUUGUCUGUCGAUAUUUUUUAUGUUACUUUUUCGAAGUUCUAAUGUUAAACUACUCACACAUAAAAAAUAUGGUAUUUCAAUAAUAAUGUGUAAGUGUAUGCUAUUAAACGCGAAGUUAAACGCGAGAGAUGUUAAUGUCUUAACGAGGACUGAGGACGCACUUAAUAAAAACUAAAAUCGUUAGAAAUGCGUAGUCGGUAUACGGUCCCGGAUAUUAAUUACUCUAUUUAAAAAGUAAUGUAAAAAUCACACAAUGAAAUAUGAAAAUAGACCUUAGUGAUGUUUCAAGGAUAAAACCUCUUCGGACAUUCGUUCUUGUCUAUGGUAUUUGCAUUCGUCUGGGACCGAAAUAAUGCAUAGGUACGUCUCUAGUGUCUUUGGACCGCUAUAAUUAGUCUAAAGAAAUCGUCAAAAUAAUAAGACAUUUAAAAAUAAAAAUCUAUUUUCAUAGCAUUCAAUAGAUUAAAGAAAUAAUUAUAAUUACUUUGAUUCUAAUUGUAAACAAUUUUCAAUAGUGUUCGAAUCAAUAAAUCCAUUUUCUGACUUCGUAUUCAAGUCUUAAAUAAUGGUAAAAAUAAACAGUAGUUUUUCGAAGCAAUUUAGACUGUGAUGCGAAAGAAUUUUUAGUCGACUUCGAAGUUUUCAAAAUUUUUGAUCGGAUGAAUUUUAUAGAAAUAGAUUUUUUUAUAAAAUACCUACUACUUAUAGAUUAGCACAUAUAGUGCAGAUGCAUGAUUAUAGAUCGUAGUCGACUUACGACGAAACAGUCAAAUAUUUCUUUCUUAUGAAAACUAAUGAUAAUUAAAUAAAUAAUAAUUGCCUUUCCAAUAAAAUUAAGAAUGCAUUUUUCAUCUUCUUAGCAUAAAUUCAGAGGAAAAUUCGUUAAAGAAACAAGGCCUAGCAGGUACUAAAAUUUACCUAUCGCUUUUGAUAUAAUAAUAAAUAAUUAUAUUGGCCCAAGAAUGCAAAGUUUGCGAUCAAAAUAGGACGAUAAUGUUUCAACCUCUUUAUUAAAGUUGUGAAGUUUAUGUAGCUCACAUAAUUGUAUAAUCAGCAGUAACUGAUUUAUAUAAAUAUUGUUAUUAUCGCUUUGUCGGUCGUUCGAACAUGAAGCAAUAAUUUCGUUUACGUAGUUAUUAAUUUUUAAAGAGCUUAUUAUGAACUGCGUUAGUAAUUUUCUAGCUUAGUUUUUAAGUUCAUUUAGACUGCCAUUUUAUUUAUGAAAAAAUAUAUUUUAGGCAUUAAUAUUAUUCGGAUGAAGUCUUUUCUGCAUUUGUAUUUUUACCUCUAGUUUAUUUAAUUGGCAACACAAAAAACGGAGUCGCCAACAUUUCGGCCAAAGUCAAAAAAGUAUAUUUUGAUGUAUUCCUUAUUACGUACUAGUAUUAGUGUUAAAUGUAGGUUUCAAUUUAAUUUGACUGCUUUAACUAUAUCCUUGACUGCAUUUUUAUUAACAGCUUUUUAGCUGUACUUAGAAAAUGUUUUAAUUUUACAAGACGAGCCGUGAUAAUGAGAUAAACAAUUAUACAUAUGAUUUUAUUUUAUAACAAACAAUUUAUAAUUUUAUUGACUAUAUGAAUGAAUAUUUUGGAAUCAAUUUCAGGUACAAAUUGUCUAAGUAGUGCCAAAAGUCUAUUAUGAACUAUUUCACAAUGAUAUUACCGUCACAAGUAAAAUGCUCAGAUUUUAAGCACUUUUUAUCUACACAUUAUAUGAUUAGUUGCUAUUUAUGAAUACUGAAUCAAUUAUGUCACAAAUUGCAAAUGUUUUUAGAUAAAAUUAUGUAGAAUUUAGUUCGCUUACACGCGUUUUAAGAGCAAUCUAUAAUUUCGUAGUUACAAAACAUGAUUUUUGUAAUUUUUCUCACUAUAUCACAAUAAUGUACAGAUGCUUAGUUUUAGACAUGAACAAAUUCACCAAUGUACACAGACAGCAACAAAUAUUCUAUAUCACUAGAAGCGCUAUUAUUUUUUUAAAUAUUGACUAGUGGUUCAAUAUGAAUGAUAAUAUGUGUAUUUUAUCACCUCCAAUAUCCCACAGAUGUACCUAUUUCAAACCAGAUCCAGUUUUAAAUGUAAUCCUUAUAUUUAUGAUUUUGUGUUACAAACUAUACUCUUGUAUCCUGUAUACUUUAUGUAUACCUUUAUCACAAUAUAUUUAUACAUAUGUAUAAGUUUCUAUACCCAGCCUUGCAAUAUUGUUAUAUUUAAGGAAUGUAGAGUCGACGUGCCCCAACUAGGAGAUUAAUUACUAAGACUAAGCUUCGCCUUUACCCUUCUAUACAUAAUAGUCGUUAAGUCAUGUAAGUGAGAUGUAUUUUUCGUAUUACGUUGAUACAUAUGUUCCCUGUAAUUGUACCUAUAUUAUUGCAAUAUAAUUUUAUGUGUAUGGUGCUCCAAUGUAUGGUAAUUUGUAACAUAGGUUUACAUUUGUAUCCUAAUAUUUUCGAAAUAAACAAGUCCUAGAUUCCGGA